UUAUAUUAUCCAAUUUUAUCUCUCACUCAUUAUAAAUUAGAUAAAAAAUAAUUUUUUAAAUAGAUAAUUAAUUGUUUCAGCGGGUAACUGAUCGAUUGUAUCCUUGGUUAGGCCGGGAAUUAACGAAUAUUUCCGUGUGAUUCCACUGGUAUUAAUAUUAGUUUAGCAGUGGCAACUGGGUAAAAAUUAUGAAAGAUGUGGAAAAAAAGUACGAAAAUGUGAUUUCCGGCGGACUAAAAUUAAAAGGCAAAAUCAUCUCAAAAUCAAAUAAAAAAAUUAUUAAACCAAUUAAAACCGAAGAUUCCAAAGAAUUUCUCACAAUCCCAAAUGAACCGCAGGAAUUAACCAGCAAAAGUGACCUCCAAGGAAAUAAACUAGAUGUCCUCAACCAACGAAUCGAAAAAGUGAAGAGUGAUGUGAGUUUGACGAGUAGUGAGAAGGCGUUUAAGAUAGCGCAGAUAAAGAGAACUUACAAGAGAAUCGAGCAAUCACUCAAGGAAUCACACAGGGAAAAAAUCGAAAAAUUCAACAACAAACUCUCCAAACUCUCCGAACAUUUUGAUAUACCGAAGGUUGGCCCUGGAUAAUUUAUUAACAUUGUGAAAAAAAUUUUUUUAAUAAUUUUAAUAUUUUUUGAAAAAUAAUUUAUUUACGGAUUCA